AUGGCCGACAUCGCAUAUGCGCGUCCGCUUCCGACAGUAUUGCAACCGCUGGAUAAUCGCGCGCGUCGAUCCCGCGUUGUUUCAUUUUCCUCCGUCUCCGAAACAACUCCCUCCUCAAAUCCAUCAAGUGGCGAGUCCUGGUUCCACAUCUCUGCAUCCCAGGCUUCAUCCCACUCCUCUGCCUGUUACUGUCCUCCUCUUCCGAAAGGCGCCCGUCCGGCUUCGCCUCAACCAACGCGUAUUUUCGAGCUUGACUCUCGUUCUCAUGGAACCGGCACAGAUCAGUAUCCGUCUUCUAUCAAACGCUCCGGCACAUUUUCGUCUUCUUGGAAACUGGAAUGGAGAGGAAUCUCAAAAGUCGUCAAAUGGGCCGUUAUGGGCGACAAGUCGAACGACGACGCUUCCAAGCCGGGUAGUGUGAGCCUGAGAACUAAGAGAGGGACUCGCGACGGGGACUUUAAUCUUCAUCGGCAGGAGCCCGUGUCUCAAAGAUUAGACAAGCCUUUGUCGCGCGAUCCAUAUGGGCCUGGUUUUUCUCCCUAUAUUUAUGCGUCACCGACUUCCCCGCUGUCGCCCUCAACAUCUGCUACUUGCGUGGACAGUAUCUACGAUGAAUAUCCUUCGCACUCCAACUUUGGGAAAAUUACCCAUGACUCAAAAUUUCCGUUAUCCGAAGUGCAUCUUCCGACUCAGAAACAACCCCUUAAUGAAGGUGAUUUAUUGAGAAGGAAUAGAAGUACCCAGACCUCAAGUUGCGAGUCUCACACGUGUGAAUUGAAAAACACGAAUGUGCGGCGCGCUGUAUCGGAGUUGGGACACUGUGACCCCUAUAGACCGUUAUCCACCAUGCAUGACACGUUUUACGACGUAAAUCAGUCUACUACGUCUUUGGAGAGUUCCUGCAACUGGCCGAAUCCUCAUCGUGUCGCACAUUCUGAUCUUGGGCAUUCUGACGGCUCGAGGGCAAUGCCUCCACCUGCGUUCGCUUCUGCCUUGUCAUUGUCGUACGGCAACUACGAUCGGUAUAACGUCAAAUCAGGCACAAGUCUUCGUCCCCUUUCAAAUAUGCAAUCGAUGCGAGCAGCGAUUUCCAGACCUGUAAGCACAUCCAGUAAAGGUACACCUUUGACUCCACACCGACGACCGCGAAAGCUGCAAAAGAGCCUCAGGUCUAUCCCAACUCCUGAAAAACGAGCAAAUCAGCGGACUAUGCACGUUUCGUCUGCAUCACCUGAAUCGCCGUCGCACCGGUCCGUACAUUCAGAUGCCCACUCCGCCGCUGUAACAGCACCUCUUGUGUCGACCAAGCCCCACCCUAGACCACCCCGAAAAUUGAAGAAGAAGCCUUCCCCGGCCCUGCCUCCUCUCCCCGUAGGGCCCUUUAACGGAGACGUUUCUGAUGGGCCGCCUCCGGUUCCUCCUAAAUAUCCUUCAUUUGUAAAGAAUGCACGCGAAAUGCGCCCAGUUCCUCCGUCCGAGUCUCACAGCACAGAUGUCAGCUCUGGUUCUCCUGCUCUUACUGACACUUCUGCUUCUACUUCUGCUGAGGAAGAACUAAAUUCAUCGCAAGAGACUGCGGCCACCUCUGAGGAUAGCAAGUUUAGGCCUCCAGUAAAGCGACCGUCAUUAUUGAGGACUGAGUCCAAUCGAAGGUGGACCGUUGCCGUGGCAGACGUCCCCGAUGAUUUAUUUAUUGAGGAACUCGAUCGGCUUCGUCGUAUGGGCUUGCGUGCAGGCGACAUUCACGGUUUCCACAACGUUAUGCAAACAUCUCACACUUUGCCGCCUUCGGCCGCAGCUCGUAAAGGUUCUGGGGGCGGUAAAAAUACCGAAACUCUCGAAGCCAGUCAAUUACAACGCAACAAGUCCUCCAACACUGUCCUAGUUCAGGAGAUUGGUGUGGAGGACGAGAUGGAGUGGCUUCAUGCACGUCGUGCCAUUCUGUGCUGUCGCGAGCUGGUAAGAACGGAGAGAAAUUAUCAGGAGCGUCUACAGGACCUAGCGAAUUGCAAUGUUUCCGAUGCGGUACCGGCAUUACUUUUACAAUACCUACCUGAGCUUAUCGGAGCAUCAAAACUUCUCAGUACUCACUUUAACGAGGAUUUGUCUGCGUAUGGCAUAACGAAUGCUUUCUUAUACGUGGCUGCAACACUUGAGAGUGCUCUCGUUCCUUGGUCGGGGGUCGUUGGUCAGUUCUUCGGUGGCAAUCGAACACCCCCUAGGACUGCCAAACCCAACAAGGGAGAGGUCGUACGUGAUACCGCUGAUACCGAGGAGAAAAGUGGUGUUUCCAAAGUCCGCAGCGUAUCGAUGCUCGGAGAAUCUAACCUAUUUGCAACGCGAACCACCUCUGCGCAGUUCCUUAACGGCGAGUCGAUUAUGUCAAGUUCGAGGUCUCAUUGGCUGUUUCAACCCGCAUUUUCGCAAAACCCUGCGGAAGAUGUCUACGAUAAGGACGCACUGUCCGGACUGCGGAAGAGCUUUCGUCGGAGUGUGACAAAGUCCAAAGAAGACAGGGAGAAACGACGCAGGGCGCCAUUCCGAGAACUUGCUAUUCUGCCGACGCAGCGCGCCACCAGAUAUGUUCUCCUCUUCCAAGGUAACAAGGAUUCUUCUGUUGUUUUCUUCAGCUCCACGAUGCUUAUUCAGUCUAUUUAUUUCCAGAGCUAUUGA